AUGCUUGCAGCAGAGUAUGAUGCUGUUGGAGUUUUGGGUCUUCUUCCAGAGCAAAAACUUACAGCUGCUUUGCGGAUGCUUGCUUAUGGGGCAUCUGUAGAGCAGGUGGAUGAGAUUGCAAAGAUUGAAAAAUCAACUGUCCUAGAGUGCUUGGUGACAUUCUGUGAUGCAGUGGAAAAUUUGUACACGAGUGAGUACCUUCGCAAACCCACACCAAGGGACCUACAAAGGCUUCUCCAAAAAGCUGAGGCUCGAGGUUUCCGAAGAAUGAUUGGAAGCAUCGAUUGCAUGCACUGGCAGUGGAAGAAUUGUCCUACUGCUUGGCAAGGAGAGAAUGGGAAUCGAAAAGGCAAAAAAAGUAUAAUUUUGGAGGCCGUAGCUUCAUUAAACUAUUGGGUUUGGCAUGCUUUCUUCGAGGUUGCCGAAUCUCAUAAUGACCUCAAUGUCCUUGGUCAAUCCCCCUAG